AUGGAGAAAUGUAAAGCUGUGGAUACUCCUUUAGCUUCAAACUAUAGAUUAACCAAGGAUGAUGGUACCCUAAAUGCAGAAAGCUUAAUGUGCAAAAGCAUCAUUGAAAGUCUACUUUAUUUAACUGCUUCAAGACCAGAUAUCAUGUUCUCUGCUAGCUUGCUGUCUCGAUUUAUGCAAAGUCCCUCACAAACUCACUUUGCAGCAACUAAGAGAGUUUUGAGGUACAUUAAAGGAACAGUAGAUUUAGGCUUGAAGUUUGAGAAGAAGAAAAGCUUUGUUCUUAUGAGAUAUUGUGACAGUGACUGGGCAGGAAGUCUUGAUGAUUUUAAAAGCACAUCUGGUUAUUGUUUUUCACUUGGCAGUGCAGUUUUUAGUUGGAAUUCAAAAAAGCAGGAAGUGGUGGCUCAAUCUUCAGCAAAAGCAGAAUAUAUUGCUACUGCUACAAAUCAUGUGAUUUGGUUGAGAAAAGUCUUUCAUGAUCUGGGCUAUAACUAUGAGAAGGGUACACUGCUAUUCAUUGACAACAAAUCUGCUAUUUCAAUUGCUAAAAACACUGUGUAG